AUGGGCAGUUCACAUUCAAUUUCAAUACCACAUAUUUCUGUAAAUAUUUAUACAAGUGAUGGAAAGACAUUUGCAAUGUCUUCUCGUGAUUUUGUUGAUCAUAUUGUAUUGCUUCGUCGAGUAAUUGCACAUCCAGAAAUGACGCAGCAAGGUGAGACGUUGAAUUAUUAUAUCGAUGAUUAUUGUAGACGCAUGGCUCAUCGAGGAAUUGCAACCAAGUAUAAACAACGAAGACUUCCAUGGCAGAUCGAUUGGAUCUGGCAUGUUCAUCGUCUUCAUCCAAUUGCUUAUGACAACGAUUGUGCUAAGCAAUUACCAAAUGGUAUACCUGUCGAUAAAAAAUAUCGACGAUUAAGAAUAAAACAACGUCGAAAACACCGUUCAGUUAAUUUGUUCGAAUCAAUAAGAAAUUCUUCAACAUUUGUUCCUUCGAUCGAUCUGGCAGAAGCUGUAGUUCGUCAACGUGAUUUUCUUAAAAAAUUUAAGCAACAUAAACUUUUUUCAAUGGAUCUACGACGAUUGACGCGAAACUUAUUCGAACAAAUGGUGCAAAAUUAUAUUUCAUUUUUAAAAUUAGCAAAAAAUGGUGAACUAAUUGUACCAACAUUCGAUAUUGAUUUGAUAUGGCAUACACAUAUGAGAUCUCCAAUAUCUUAUCAAAACACGUCGAAAGCCUUAUGUGGUUUUCUUCUUGAUCAUAAUGACUCUCUAGAAAAGUAUAUUCUAGCUGAUGCUUAUCAAAAAACAGCUGAACAGUGGAAGAUGACCUACAAAGUAGAUUAUGGCAAAGAUAUUGACAAAGAUAACUUGCGCACAUCGGGAUAUGUUAGCGCCUGCGCAAUAAUAAUUGCACCAGUUGCUACAUACUCAUCGAGUGGAGGCGGAUGUGGAGGUGGUGGUGGAUCUGGAGGUGGCGGAGGAUGUGGAGAUGGCGGAGGAGGUGGAAGUGGAGGUGGAUGUGGAGAUGGCGGGGGAGGUGGAGAUGGCGGGGGAGGUGGAGAUGGCGGUGGAUGUGGAGGUGGCGGAGGAUGUGGAGGUUGUGGUGGAUGUGGAGGUUGUGGUGGAUGA